AUGGAUCCAGCGGCUCUGUUCAUGUAGGCCUACACAGUUUCCCUGCUCCACAGCAGCCAUGAUGGGGUAUGAGUUUAGCUUGGGAAAGAGUCAGACUGUGUAUAUGAGCAUCAGCAGCUAAGAGUGAAGGCCAGGGUUCAGGUGUUAGGGUCAGAGUUCACUUGUAGGGUCAGUCUGAGUGAGUGUUGCUGUUGUUUGUUGGUUUGACCUGACUCUACUGGGGUGAGACAGUUUAUGUUCUGACUAGGGGAGCUUCCUCUUUAUCCUCUUUCCUCUGUCUCAUUCCUCAUUCCCCCACCUCCUCUUUCCUCCUCUGUCUCACUCCUCAUUCCCCCACCUCCUCUUUCCUCCUCUGUCUCACUCCUCAUUCCCCCACCUCCUCUUUCCUCCUCUGUCUCACUCCUCAUUCCCCCACCUCCUCUUUCUUCCUCUGUCUCACUCCUCAUUCCCCCACCUGCUCUUUCCUCCUCUGUCUCACUCCUCAUUCCCCCACAUCCUCUUUCCUCCUCUGUCUCACUCCUCAUUCCCCCACCUCCUCUUUCCCCUCGCCUCUCUCCUUUUCCUCCUCCUUGUCUCCUCUCCUCAUCUCAGCCCAUCUCCUCUGCAUCUAUCCAACUCUCUCCUAUCCUCUCCCUCUUUUCUCUUCUCUUUUCCCUCCCUCCUCCCCUCUUUCUCCUCUCCUCCAACUACUCAGCUCCUCAUCCACCUUGUCUUCCUUUUCUAUCUUCUUUAUAUCCUCCUUCAGCUUGUAUCACAAACCCAGUUACCCUUUUAAAGUUCAAAGAAAUACUGUGUCAAUAUGAGAGCAAAGAUGAGUACAUUGUAACUAUUAGAUUUCAAUCAAAUAAACAAUUAACAUUCUUUCAAUUAAAAAGUUCAUAUAUAAUCCUCUCCAAAGUCUCAAUGUCCAAUGUAAAUAAGGAAGUCAAAAUCCAAUCCAAGAACAGUUCAAGAACAAAAAAAUCAUCUCAAAGCAUGAAUAGGCAAUCACCCUUCAAAAAAAUAACAAAUAUAUAAAUAAAAAGACUAACCAUGUGAAUCCAGCUGAAAGCUAUGAUCCCUUAUUGAUGUCACUUGUUAAAUCCACUCAAGGAUUUUUAAGCCUUGAGACAAUUGAGACAUGGAUUGUGUAUGUGUGCCAUUCAGAGGGUGAAUGGGCAAGACACAAUAUUAAUGUGUCUUUGAAAGAGGUAUGGUAGUAGGUGCCAGGCGCACCGGUUUGAGUGUGUCAAGAACAGCAACGCUGCUGGGUUUUUCACGCUCAACAGUUUCCUGUGUGUAUCAAAAAUGGUCCACCACCCAAUGGAUAUCCAACCAACUUGACACAACUGAGGGAAGCAUUGGAGUCAACAUGGGCCAGCAUCCCUGUGGAACGCUUUCGACACCUUAUAGAGCAUGCCCCGACGAAUUGAGGCUAAAGUGUUGCAAAAAAUAAAACAGUAAACAGCAUCACACUCCUAUCUCCUCCCCCUCUCUCCUUGACCUUGACCUUUUCUUCCUCAUCUGCAUCAUAUUGCUGAGAUUGUUAUCAUGGUCUUUACAAUUUCUCAUGAAAUAUGUCCUUGCUGUAUAUUUAAUUUGUGCUGUAUUGUAGUAUAGCACCACAGCUGCACAGAUUCCCAUAGAUUCUUAUGGAGUAAAUAUCAACAGUCUGAAUUGGCGUCCUUUCCUCUCCUCUAUCUACUCUGAUAACAUGAGAAAAGUGAAACCAACAUGAAAGAAGCCAACCAGAACCAGUUCUUUAAUUUUCACUGGAACUGGAGUAAAGGAGAUGAGGAGAGGAAACCACACACUAUUGAGAUGCACCCAUUUUCUCUACUUGCAAUCAGGCUCUAAAUUAAUGUUUGCUUACAUAAGUUUCUGAUGUAACACAUUUGCUGUCGGGUGCAGACUGUGAGUUUGAUUUUGUCAGAGUUAGUCCUUACAGAACAUUGCCUGGAAGGCACUAACAUGGCUGCCAUGGAAUUAUGUGAUGUUGUCUACGUCUAAGAGCAUCAUAAGCUUCUUGGUUGAAACCUGAAAGGAUGAACUCUUUCGAGGUAUGGCUGUUGAUGGACUGUGGCUGUGCUGCCUCUGUGGCUGAGGGGAGACUUCUGAGGGGAGACUUCUGAGGGGGAACUUCUGAGGGGAGACUCCUGAGGGGAGACUCCUGAGGGGUGACUCCUGAGGGGAGACUGAGGUAAUGCUGCCCUCUGCAGGCCAGGCUGGGUGUUGCAGGUGUGUCUGCUGCUCUGACUCCAGUCCAGCAGAGGUUAUUCCAGGUCAUCAUACUACCUUGGUGAGUGGAGGUGCAGUGUCAUCGGUGCUGAUCUCAUAUACAAGGGCCUGGAGUUUUUCUAGACAAGAAAAAUACUUUAUCAUCCAUUUUCUUUUCCGAUCAUGGAAAUGCAUAUUUUGCUUUUAACCCAACCCCACGAGAAACACACACACACACAGAGGGGUUGGUAGCCAGCCAGGGUCAGACGCGAUGCGGCAACAUAGGUACGAUUCACUCUAUUCUAUAUGACCAUAUAUCUAGGUUCAUCAAUGUGCUGGGGCAAACCACAGUAUGAAGGAAUCCAAAGAUUGCAAUCUAGGACUGGUGUGUGUGUGUGUGUGUGUGUGUGUGUGUGUGUGUGUGUGUGUGUGUGUGUGCGCAUGUUUGAGUAUGUGCGCUUGUGCCUUGCCACAAACCUUUCCACUUACUUUCCCAAUCAUGCUUCCAGAAUGUCUGUGGUUGUCCUGUUGGCUGGCUUAACUUUGUCCUCCACUAGCUGUGUGGUCAGAGCGUUGUGGUACCUGGCCUCUGUUCAGAUCAGGGACAACAUUUUACUUACACUAAGUGCACCAUGUGUAUGUGAAGCAAUGAUAAGUUACAAUAGCAUAAAACUAGCUGUUGAAGUGAACACAGAUAAACAGCAUUUGUUUCUGUGAGGAGCUCCCUGUUCUGUUUACCUCUCCUGUGUACUCAGCAGAGGAAAGGCAAGCAGUGAAAGUUUAAUCAACUGAUAUAAAUACCCUGGGAGAGACAGAGAGAGGUGUCUGUAAGAGCGUGUGAGGGCUGGUCUCUGUGAGGUCCUCCUCUGUGUGAGUAGAGAUACAUCUGGAGGUUGAUCAGUCCUCAACGGGAGGGAUAGUGUAUACAGCCAGAGCUCAGAUACAGACCUAUCUAUCAUAGAUAUAUGGUGUACAGCGUGGCAUCUUUAGAGUAUCAAACUUGCUUAGCCAAGGAGGUUUUCUCUCUCCUUCUAUCUAUCUCUCCUCCUUUCUCUCGGUCUCCACUCCAAGCUCCCUCUCUCACUUUCACUCUCACUCUCGCUCUCUCUCUCACUGUAGAACUGCAGUGGUUGCUGUCUGUCUCUGUCUCUGUCUCUGUCUCUCAGACAGUAGCGGUAGGGCUGUAGUAGAGUGGUUGCGUGCUAUGUUGCGCAGGGAUAAGCCUGUUGGAACCAGCAGUGUUGUGAGGGCUGCGAUGCCUAAUGCAACACAAACACACAGUAGCUGGCGAACACACCACACUCCAGGUGGAAUGCUCCCACGAACCCACUGACUAUACCUCCCAGAGAGAAAGAGAGAGAGAGAGUUAGAGAGUUAGCGGAGGAGGGAGAGCAAGAAAUACAGGGAAUUUAAAGGAAGGGACAGGGGUGGAAAGAAAUGAGUUGAGGUAGAGAAGGUGAAGGCGAUCGAGAGAGGAGUGUGUGUGGUAGAGAGAGGAAGAAGGAGAGCGACAGGAAACAGUGGAAAGAGAGAGGUCGAGGUAUUCUGCUGUAAGUAGGAGGAGGAGGGGGAGUAUGGAUGACUGUAGGAAACCUAACAUCUCUCUGUUGUUUUGGUAACCCUGGCUUGGGAAACAGAGGGUGGGGGAGAGCGAAGUUAGUUGAGCCACCCUUGUUUCUAGGAAACCAUACACAAAAUGAAUAAUUUGACCAAAUAUUUAGGAAGAGGUCAUCAUUUCAUGGAGUCUGUAAAGAAGGAAACCACAUGGAAAAAGUGGUAAGCAAGUUAAGUAAAAAAAAGUCAAAUGAAUGUAUUGUUAGAGGUUUCCUGAUGCUUGUAUCUAAACCAAAGUAGAUCAUUUAAAGGUUAUUCUAUACAUCAGUUGGGGUGUCUAUAAGCUUCAAUAUGAGGUCCUAAGCAUGAAAGUGCAUCCUUGUAGCUGGGUGGGUUAAUAUAGUCAAAAUGUUUGCCUUGAGGUAAGAUGAGCCAAUGGCCUUGGGGUAUGUUGAGCCAAUGGUUGAGCCAAUGCCAAGUUGAGCGAAUUGAAGUGUUGUUCUUCCCAGGCGUAAUGCAAGGCAUUAUCGCUGGAAUGUGAGGUAACAACAGGACCUGGCCUAUGUUAAAAGUGUUUUUAAAAAGUACAAAGUGUUUGUUAGGUGUUAAGCCUGUGUUAUAAGAUGCUUAAAAUGAUUAAAAGGCAAAAAAGCGAUUGGAUUGUGUUGAAUUGUGUUUGGGAAAUAAAGAAAGACAUGUUUUUAAGAACGUAGUGGUAAUAUUUCAUUCAGUACAGAAAUGUGUAGGCGGCUUAACUUACCCUGUCCCGCCGCUCAACUUACCCCAUACGUCUUGUACAAAGAGACCACUUGUUUUGGACAAGAUAGGUUUUCAAAACUGUUUACAUGAAUUCUGAUUAUUUCCAGGGAUACACAACAUCCUGAAAUAUAUGUAGAUAUCUUUGUUAGGGCGGCAGGUAGCAUAGCGGUGAAGAGCAUUGGGCCAGUAACCGAAAGGUCGCUGGUUUGAAUCCCCCAGCCGACUAGGUGAAAAAUCUGUAGAUGUGCCCUUGAGCAAGGCACUUAACCCUAGUCGCUCUGGAUAAGAGCGUCUGCUAAAUGAACAAAAAAAUACUAUAUUUCCCUUGACGGAGUGAUGCUGAAUGUAAAAUAUUGCUCAAUUUACCCCACUCUCCCCUACACAGCCGAAUAAACAGAUGAAGAUGGAAAGGACUGCAGCAGGUAGCCUAGCAGGUAGCCUAGCAGGUAGUCUAGCAGGUAGCCUAGCAGGUAGCCUAGCAGGUAGCCUAGCAGGUAGUCUAGCAGGUAGUCUAGCAGGUAGCCUAGCAGGUAGUCUAGCAGGUAGCCUAGCAGGUAGUCUAGCAGGUAGCCUAGCAGGUAGUCUAGCAGGUAGCCUAGCAGGUAGCCCUAGCAGGUAGUCUAGCAGGUAGCCUAGCAGGUAGUCUAGCAGGUAGCCUAGCAGGUAGCCUAGCAGGUAGCCUAGCAGGUAGCCUAGCAGGUAGUCUAGCAGGUAGCCUAGCAGGUAGUCUAGCAGGUAGCUAGCAGGUAGUCUAGCAGGUAGCCUAGCAGUAGUUGCAGGUAGUUCUAGCAGGUAGCCUAGAAGGUAGCCUAGCAGGUAGCCUAGCAGUAGUCCUAGCAGGUAGCCCUAGCAGGUAGCCUAGCAGGUAGUCUAGCAGGUAGCCUAGCAGUAGUCUAGCAGGUAGCCUAGCAGGUAGUCUAGCAGGUAGUCUAGCAGGUAGCCUAGCAGGUAGUCUAGCAGGUAGCCUAGCAGGUAGUCUAGCAGGUAGCCUAGCGGUUAAGAGCGGUGGGCCAAUAACCAAAGAAAAAUCUGUCAAUGUGCCCUUGAGCAAGGCACUUAACCUUAAUUGCUUCUGUAAGUCGCUCUGGAUAAGAACGUCUGCUAAAUUACAUCAAUGUAAAAUGACUGAAUACACAGUAUUACAUACACACACUCCCCAAAUGUCUGGGCUAGUCUUUUCCCAUGUAGCACCGUCUCACAAACACACAGCCAGAACAUCACCUGCAUAGAGCUUAUCUGUCGUUAUCCAAUGUUUAUUAAAUGUUUCCAGGGUCAGGGCUGGGCCAGUGACAUGCCAGCAACAGCAACUGGUGCUUUAUGAGUACUUUCAUUUGUGUGUGUGUGUGUAUGUGUGUGUGUGUGUGUGCAUGUGUGCCUGCCUGCGUGCAUGCGCUCGUGCGUGUGUGUUUUGUGCGUGUGUGUGUGCAGAGGUAUUGAACACUGAGGGGGACAGGUUUAUGUGUUGGGAGAGAUGCUGAGUCUCACCAGCUGCAGUGCAGACAGACAAUGAUUCUCCAGUGUUCAGAAGAGGCCUGGUAGUCUAAAGGAGACUUUAUCACACUGAGUUUAACAGUUGGAUGUGUGGAGACUGUAGACCCAAACAGACAGAGCACACAGCUCAAGGUUGAGGGUAUUAUUGUUGUAUAGCUAAGGUUGAACUUCAAUGUAUUUUAUUGAAGGAAGAGUGGUAUGUACAAAUUGAGGGAAGAUAAUUCUUUAACUGAUGAACUUUAAAAUAAAGAGAAUGAUGCAGCCAUUAUUCUCAGGUGCAUGACAAAACUGAAGAGAGAAACAUAUACGAUUCUGUAUGUUCAGUAAUUUGUUUAGUAUUUACCAUCUUCUCUGUUGGUGUAGACAGUUUGGUUAUGAACUGAGCCUGUACCCUUUCAUGAAUAUAACACGAUUGGUUGUUGUUGUCAGACAGACAGACUGAGGAGAGGAAGGGAGCAGUGGUGUGAUAGUGAGUGAGGUCACCCUGCUGCAUAGACAAGACUGUCGGAGGGAGGAUGUGGUCGAGUGGUCACGGUCGAGGUUAUCUGACCAUUGCGGAGAGGAGGUGACUGUGAGAGAAAGAGAGACAGAGACAGAGAGAGAUGGGGAGAGAGAGAGGGGGAGAGGGAGAGAAAUAGGUUAUCUGGGCUGUAGAGGAAGGGUGGUGAGGGUGGAAGGCUAGAAGGAGGUGUGUGGACUAUCAGCCCUGUGAGAGACCCCAAUCAACCUUUUCUAAUGAUACCCUGUCAACAUAGGAGGGAGAGAAGGACAGAGAGACUGACAGAGAGAGAGAGGGAGGAGGGCAAGGUGAGGGAGAGCAAGAGGAGUGUGAGGUGAGGGACAGGGAAAGAGAGAGAGAGGGAGGGCCACAGACAAGGCCCAGACAGCCCCUCCGUGGGAAGUUCUGGUGAAGAGUGUGUCUGUGAUGAGCGUAUGAAAUGGGCCUAUUUCUGUAAGGUGCUUUUACCCAAAGAGAUAUGGGACUGAAGGAGAGAGGAGUGACCUGUGUGCCCUGGAGGUGGUGUGGAUGAUAAACCUCCUUCCUUCCUCUCAACAUGAUGACCAAAACGUUCCCACAACGUCAUGGGAGCCAACUCUCACCGCCAAACUUCUCACUAUCAGGCUGUAGAACUAAACCUAUACAUAGCCCAUACUGAGGCAUCUGUGUUUGUCUAUGGAUACUUUUAUAUAAUCUAAGUAAUUGGAGGGGUCAUUGUGUUGUUAUCUGUCUAAUUUAAUAUUUCUCUGUGUCUCUGUAAGGUACCUGGCUAAGCUGUCGUCGGUGGGCAGUAUCAGUGAUGAGGAGACAUGUGAACGCCUGCGAGGACUUAUCCAGAGACAGGUACACAUCUACCAUGACAAACGUUGGUCAUAUUUUCAGGUUUGUAAGGUUGGCAGGGUAUGACAAGAUGGUACAUAAGUUAUAGAAGUUAUGUCCAAGUCUUUGAAUUCAACAUACAAGCCUUAGUCAUUUAACAUUCUCUUUAACCAGGUGCAGAUCAGUAAUGUUAUGAUAUUUAUUCAAACCAGGUGCAGAUCUGUAAUGUUAUGAUCUUUAUUCUAACCAGGUGCAGAUCUGUAAUGUUGUGAUCAUUGUUAUAACCAGGUGCAGAUCUGUAAGCGCAGUGUGGAGGUGAUGGAUGCUGUGCGACGUGGGGCACAGCUAGCCAUAGACGAGUGCCAGUUUCAGUUCAGGAACCGCAGAUGGAAUUGCUCCACCCUGGAAACCAUGCCUGUCUUCGGCAAGAUUGUCACACAGGGUACAGCUCAUUAUAAAUAACUAAUUUUAUUAACUUCUGAGGAUAAAAACUCAUGAAGCAGACUUUUACUGCCAGAUCUGUGAUAAAUGUAGUUUUGUAUUUAUUGUCUGCCUGUUUGUUUGUGACAGGCACUCGGGAGGCAGCCUUUGUGUAUGCCAUCUCAGCAGCCAGUGUGGCAUUUGCUGUGACCCGGGCCUGCAGUAGCGGAGAGCUGGAGAAAUGUGGCUGCGACCGCAACGUUCACGGAGUCAGUCCAGAGGGUAGGACACACACACACACACACACACACACACACACACACACACACACACACACACACACACACACACACACACACAUUUAGCUCAGAUGUUUGACUGCUAACUCUCUCUCUCUCUCUCUCUCUCUCUCUCUCUCUAUCCGUGUCUCUCUCUCUGUCUGUCUCUCUCUCUCCAUAUCUCUCUCUCUCUGUGUCUCUCUCUCUCUCUCCCUUCCUCCAGGGUUCCAGUGGUCAGGCUGUAGUGAUAACAUAGCAUAUGGAGUGGCCUUCUCUCAGUCCUUCAUUGACGUGAGGGAGAGGAGUAAAGGACAGUCCCCAAGCAAAGCACUCAUGAACCUACACAACAAUGAGGCCGGGAGGAAGGUAUGACAUAUCACAACAAACUAAAUUGUCCUAGCAAAUUCAACGGUAAAGAAGAGAACAGGAGAUAAAAACAUGCAUUCUUUCUGUCUCUCUGCAGGCCAUCCUGAGCCACAUGCGUGUGGAGUGUAAGUGUCAUGGCGUGUCAGGGUCCUGUGAGGUGAAGACCUGCUGGAAGGCCAUGCCCCCAUUCCGCAAGGUGGGCAACGUCAUCAAGGAGAAGUUUGACGGCGCCACAGAGGUGGAGCAGCGCAAGGUGGGCACCACCAAGGUCCUGGUGCCACGGAACUCACAGUUCAAACCUCACACAGACGAAGACCUGGUCUACCUUGACCCCAGCCCUGACUUCUGUGACCACGACCCGCGCACACCAGGCAUGCUGGGUACAGCGGGGCGGCAGUGUAACCGGACAUCGAAGGCCAUUGACGGCUGUGAGCUGAUGUGCUGCGGCCGGGGCUUCCAGACAGAGGAGGUGGAGGUGGUAGACAGGUGCAGCUGUAAGUUCCACUGGUGCUGCUACGUCAAGUGCAAACAGUGCCGCAAGAUGGUGGAGAUGCACACCUGCCGGUGA